AUAACAAUUUUCUUGAGUUAGAUUACAUUAAAUAUUUAUUUCAGUAAAAUGUACAGUUAAGGUAUAUUUACAUACAGCAGUGACGUGACAGUACCGUGACAGUGUCGUCACCGACCCGUGAUUCCACCGACAAGAUAAAAAUAUUAUGUUGGGAAUUUCUAAUGGUAUAAUGUAUAAUUUCAGAUUUUUUUGUUCUCAUUCGUUCGGUGCGUGAUCGUGCCGAUGCAGUGUUGUCACAGUCAUCGUACAGUGAAUUUGCGAUUAAUUGCCGACGAUAUUUUUCAUAUUUUGCGGUCGUGAUUUUUGUUGUAUUUUAUCGACUCUGACUUUUUGAAAAAAUGAACGACAAAAAACUUAUAGAGUUAGUACGGAAGUAUCCUGUAUUGUAUGAUUUAUCUCAUGCAAAAUAUAUGGAUACAGAUUACAAGAAUACUAUUUGGAGUAAAAUAGCAGAAAAAAUCGAAACAGCUGGGCCUUCGGCAAAAACUAGGUGGGGAAAUAUAAGAGACAACUUCAGAAAAUCUAUGAAGAAAAAUAAAACUGUGAGUGGUCAAAAGGCGAAAAUAAUAAAGCAGUACAAAUAUGCACAGCAGUUAAGUUUUAUGAUAAAAUUCUUUGAUGAGAGGGACACAAUGUCAAACAUUGAUGACAAAGUCUUAAAUGAAAAUAAUAAUGUUGAUGAUGAUGUUAAUAAAUCAGAACCUAACAAAAAUGAAGAAUACUCUCAAAACUAUACAACAGAUGAAGUUGAUAAUCCUGUGAUUGUAGAGUCACAAAAAUGUCGUCUUUUGUCGAGUUCAAAAUCAUCAGGUUCUUCUCAAUUUUCUACUCCAAGGAAGAAACCACAACACUCGGUACCAGACGUUCCUCCUUCAAAGACAGCCGCUGCUACUGUUAUGCAGUACCUCGUAAAAAAAAAUGAAAGUAAGCUACCAUUGGAACCACAACAUCCUGUUGACGCUUUUUUAGCAGGAAUAGCUCCAGCUUUGAAAAAAUUAACCCCACGCUACUGGCAUUACGCCAAGUCCGAUAUAUUUGCUGCCGUUCAAAACUAUGAGUUGAAAAUUAUUAUGGACUAGGAACAAUUUGCGCAGCCAUCUCCUAUUUCAACGUAUUGUACUUCAUUAUACUCUGAACAACACUGCCCUGCAGACCUUUCUUCAUCAAAUGAUUCUCCUACUUCAAUAACUUCUUCUUUCACUAAUUCAUUAAGUGAUUAAAACCAAGACUUUAUUGCAUAUUUUCAAAAAUAUUAAUGUCAAAAACUUUAUAUUCUUUUUUUGUGUGUUAAAAAUAAAUC